CCAGUAACUUUCCUGUACAGUCCAAUUAAAUAGAUGAGAAACGUGUGUGGGUCCAUUCAGUGUACAUCCGUUUUAUGGGUUUAUUUUAUAGAUCAGACAAGAUGAAGAUGCUUUUCUGCGUUUUUGCUGCUCUGUUUGCUCUCACUGCAGCAAACCCAUGCGACUCGGAUCAUAAAUCUCUCCUGCUCAGGCUGAAUCAGGAACUGCUUCGCUCCACCAAAAACCAAGAGUCUCUUCCCAACCCGAGCGUCCACAUCGCUCUGCGUCUCUCCACUCAGCACGACCUGAAGAAAGAGAGCCAGUACCUCAACCAGCUCAAGACCAAGUUCCAUGAGGACAUUCAGAGCACUCUAAACAACGGGAAGCCCGUGGUGGGCCGCCUUGCUCUCUACGUGAUGGCGUUGCGAUCUUCUUGCCAUGACCUGAGCAGUGUGUCUCUGCUGACGGGUGAGAAGAGCGAACCUCUGCUCACACACCUGAAGAAACAGAUGGAGUUGGAGAAGGAGUACAUGGCAUUCAGCCAUCGUCCCCUGACCAACUUCUACCAGUACUCUCUGGGCAUUCUGGCUCUGUGUGUAAGCGGAGUGAGAGUGAGCUCUCACGUCAGCCACAAGCUCACCCACGCCGCCCUGCACACCCAUUUCAAACACGGUGACUCCGUAAGUGUGGACACCCUUGCGAUGGCAGGCAUGGCCCUGCAGUGUCUGAAAGAAGCUGCAACGCCGGUUAAAAACAAAGAGGAGCUGGAUGAGGCUCUGACCACCAUCAAACAGAAGAUUGUGGACUCACAGCGAGCUGAUGGACACUUGGGCAAUGAGUUCAGCACUGGAUUGGCUGUGCAGGCUUUACUGGCAAUGGGCAGCAACGUAGACGAGUGUGCCACGUCUAUGAAGGCUCUGUGGUCUGACGCCAGAAAAGAUUCCUACCACAACGCCAUGGCGAUCUCUCAAAUCCUGCCUGCUCUCCAGCAACGCUCGUAUCUCCACCUGAAGAACAAGGAAUGUCUCAAUGAGGACGACACUCUCAUUCUGGACGAUGUUCCAGUUGUCCUGACGAGCUUGCCGAUUGUCCGUGUGAAAGUGGACGUGGAGGUGGUGAAAGCAGACGGCGCGUCCGUCGAUUAUCAGAUCGACGUUCCCAGUGGCUCAUCGCUGCUCGAGAGUCUCAUGCUGCUUCAGCAACAGCAGGCCAACUUCAAGUUUGAGAAGGAGGACAGUCUGUGGGGGCCGUUCCUUAGCGUAAUAAACGGAGAACAGGCCCGACAGACUGACCGGAGAUACUGGCAUGUCGCUUCAGACGGACAAGGACUGACUCAGGGCAUUAAGGACUAUAAGAUUGAAGCAGCUCAGAAGAUCACCAUCAAGAACACCAGCUACUGAUCUGGGUCCAGACUGAAAAUAAUACUAAUACAAGUAGUGAAAAUAGUAGUCAUUUUAAUGAAUGUUACAUACAAAGAUUAGUUCCCAGUACACUAAUUUAAUAUUUGACUGGGAUAUUUCAUGGUUUAUACAUAAAACUCAGAUCCUAGCAACAGUUUGUUACACAGAAACCGUUACUACACUUAAUAAAGACUGGCAGUCUGUUACCAUGGCAUUACUGUAGCGUUACCAUGGCAACACGCAACAAUUUCUCUAGCUGUGGCUUCUUCUGGAGCUAUUUUUGUUGACGGAGCAAAAACGAGCAAACUAUUUAGCCGUGUUGUGUCAGGUACACAGUAUGAAUUUCUUGUUUACAAAAAAGUUGUCGCUCACAAUCGUACUGGAAAUCUGCGGCAUACAGCCGAAUCACAUCCGUGCUGAUAUUCACUACAACCAAACGAUUGCAAAUGUUACAUGAUGUAAUUUUAACGUGUAACAACCUUAACAAUGAACUAAUUUAGCAUCAGAAUGUGUCUGAAUUUUUAUUUUGACUAUUUGUUAGUGGGACGUUGCCACAUCAAAUUAGCAGUCUCUCCUUUACUAUUUCAGAAACCAUGUUUUUGUCUCUUUGCUUUUCCAGACAGAAGUUAAAGAGGGAUACACAGAUCGAGCGUAACAUUAUAAGCACUUACAGGUGAAGUGAAUAAGACUGAUGAUCUCCUCAUCAUGGCACCUGUUAGUGGGUGGGAUAUAUUAGGCAGCAGGUGAACAUUUUGUCCUCGAAGUUGAUGUGUUAGAAGCAGUAAAAAUGGACAAGCGUAAGGAUUUGAGCGAGUUUGACGAAGGGCCAGAUUGUGAUGGCUAGACCACUGGAUCAGAACAUCUCCAAAACUGCAGCUCUUGUGGGGUGUUCCCGGUCUGCAGUGGUCAGUAUCUAUCAAAAGUGGUCUAAGGAAGGAACAGUGGUGAACUGGUGACAAGGUCAUGGACGGCCAAGGCUCAUUGAUGGACGUGGGGAGUGAAUGCUGGACCGUUUGAUCCAAUCCAACAGACGAGCUACUGUUGAUCAAACUGCUGAAGAAGUUAAUGCUGGUUCUGAUAGAAAGGUGUCAGAAUACACAGUGCAGGAUGGGUCAGGGCUGAUUUGGCAGCAAAAGGGGGACCAACACAAUAUUAGGCAGGUGGUCAUAAUGUUAUGCCUGAUCAGUGUAAUAAAGUCUUUGGGUAAAAAAACAUCUUUAGGUCAAGUAAACAAUAACAAAAGCUUUUUUUAAUUACCUUGUAUUGUGAGAUUAUGUUUAUUAAUGACAUUUAAAUAAAUUAAAUAAAUAACAAA